ACUCAGUUGUGUGCAUGCUGAGAAGAGUUCACGUGACGUCGUCUCUACUGCUCACACCAUGACCCCCUGUACUGUGUUCCUUCUCGUCUUGCAGACGACCUUUAUUGUGUCACGUGCUUUUCUGGUCGAUGACGCCACAUGCCAGAACAGAUGUGGAUCUCUGCUGGAUGCCUCUAAACCCUGUCAGUGCAACUCUGCCUGUGUCAGAUACAACGACUGUUGUGCUGAUUAUGUGGCAUUGUGUACUGGAGGUGCCACAGGUAGCUGUGUCAGUCUGACUGCCAUCUCUGAGGAUCUCUGGGCCAGUGAUGUCAACAGGAUGUCAGCGUCUGAUGUCACUGUCAACUACCAGACCAAAGUGCCAGAUGGCACGACCACUGACAAGUCGACUCAAAAGUUGUUUACCUAUGUAAAUGAGGCUAAACUUGGAUCUGGCACCUACAAGCUGCUGUCAAAUCUGAUGAACAACUACGAUCCAGUCAAAGGUGCCAGAGAGACGGCCACAACAGCUGAACUUGCUGAAGACAACGCCUUUUUAGACGCCAUCCUGGCCACCACAGUCAUGACAAAACUACUCAACUAUCUCACUUGCAAGGGUUUAGUGACCAGCCAGGCCGCUCUCAGGACGGUACUUAAGAAACACUGGUUUGACUUCUACGCCCGUAGCGGCACUGGAACUAUCCUGGACACGAGUGGGUUCGAACACGUCAUUGUGGGCGAGUACAAGGACGGCACCUCGGUCAACGGCUUCCACAACUGGGUGUCUUUCUACGAGAAGGAGAAGGCUGGGUCAUUGAACUACUUCGGAUAUGUGUCUCAGGCUAAUCCGUCCAUCAUAGGUGCCGCCUUCUCAUGGGACAACAGAGUGAAAACUUUGGGCAGUUUUUUCAUCGGUGUAAGCCCCGAGUUUGAGCUGGCCAUUUACUCCCUUUGUUUCCUGUCCCACCCUGGGGGCGUCUGCAACAUCUCCCUCAACGGAAGUCCCGUCAGGAUAGUUUCCUACAGCAAAGAUGGACACAUUGCCACGGCCUACGUCGCUGCUUAAUAAGUCUAGAGUUAUUUAAUAAACUAGUGCGAAAGUACUAUUUAAAUCUUUA